CCCUUUACCAUAUCAACGCCAAAAAUUAGGACAAAUCUGGCCUAUAUUUUCGCUGGCUUGUAGAAUUGUUGCGUUACAUUCGGUUGACGUCAAAUGUGGAACAAUAAGAGAUUAUAGAUUUAGCCAAUCACUGGCCAAGUUUCAAGGCAAUCGGCCAUAUAUAGAGCGAAUGCCACGCAGUGUAAUUCGAACUUGGUGAUGUGAGCAUAGUGAGAGCAAUGGCGUCAAAUGCCAAGAGACUACGCUUGGAAGAUUUCGACUCGGAACACUCGGAUUCUUCCGUUGAAGAAGUGAACGAAACCACUGGAGGCUUGGAUAGUGGUGAAGAAAGCGAUUUGGAUCGCCUUCUGGCCAAUGAAUCAGAUAUUUCAAGCGAUAGUGAAUUCCCUUUCACUCUCCACUGGUCAGAGAGUGAAAUGGAAGUGGAGGAUGAAGGGGUGGCUGAUCCUUCAGUUCCCCUACCAGAUGUCCCUCCUCCAGGACCAGCAAACACCAAUGCAGCCUCAUGUUCCUCUAAUGCUUCAUCAUUCUAUGGUGGAGCAGCCAGACCGCAUCCACCUUCCCAUCGUGGUGCCCCAACUCUUUCCUCUCCGCGUCGUGGUCGUGGGGUGGGUCGUAGUCGUGGUCGUGGUCGUGGGGUUGGUCGUGCUCGUGUGCGAGGAGGACGGGCAAGAGGAGAUGGUGCACGUGGAAGGGCAAGUGGUCGUGGUCAAGUGGCACGUGGGCCUGCAGUGCAACUGCACGAGGGAUAUGCUGAUGAUGAUCUUGGAAAUCAGCCGCUGCCAUUUCGUCCAGCCCAUCCCGUCGGCGUUCACCUUGGCCAGCGAUUAGUGCGUGGUGCCUUUACAAGAGCUGUUGAGUUUUUUAAUUUAUUUUUUACUGUAGAGUUGAUCAAUAAUAUUGUAAGUCAUACAAAUAGUUAUGCUUAUGAGCAUAUUGAAACCCACCAGUCCUAUGCAAAAAGGGACGGAAGCUGGCUAGAGUGCACUGCAGAUGAGAUCAGACGGUUAAUAGCCAUCCUCAUCUACUUUGGGCUUGUAAGAGUCAGUGAUGUCGUAGAUAAUUACUGGAGUAGAAAAUCUCUUUAUCACGGCUUGUGGGGAAAAUGUUUUAUGCCUUUGAUACGCUUCAAAGGCCUAAUGGCGAUGCUUCAUGUUGUUGACCCGGCUUGUGAAACAGAAGGUGAUAAGUAUACUGUUGAAAGAUUUUAUACUGUUGAAAGAUUCCAUACUGUUGAAAGAUUGUAGACUUUAUUGAAACAUUGUAAACAUUGUAAUUUUCACCUUUUUCAGAGUUUGUUAGGUUUCAUUCACAUAAGUGAAAGCCUUCUGGUGGGUCAAUUGAUCUACGUAAGAGCAAAUGUACAUUGUAGUAAGGAUUGUAUUAUGCUUGGGCAUGACAGAAAAUGUGUAACUGUGUGACAGAGGGUUGGAGUAAAGAUAUUUUUCACUUUCCAAGGUAAAGGAAGGCUCACUUCACCAACAAUUUCAUAGCCAACCCUGCUGAACUCCUACUGCAAAAAGUGACAUGUUAGGUACAUUUUUCAUGCAAAUUUAACACUUUGAUGGAUUCACAAUAAAUAUUCAUAACUUAUUUAUUAUUGGCUAAAUUUGCACCAAAUUUGGAGGAUUUACAGCUGAAAGGUGUGGGAAAAAGUUCUUCUCUAACAUUUUGUCAUACAUAACUCUGUCAGCCCUCCGACUGAAAUAUGAAAAAUAAAUUUGCAUAAAUUAUGCUAAUUUGAUUCGUGUCAUAUAGUCAUUAGGAGGUUGUGAGCUCCAUUGGAGGCAAACUUUUUUUUGUCUUGAAGCCCUAUGUAAAGACAUCAUUCUGACCAAUUUUUACAGUCCUAGGUCACAUUGUUUGUAAGUUAUUAGUAAAUUAGUAAAGUAGCAUGACAAUGGCUGAAAUUUGAUAUAUGGGAAAGUGUUAAGUCGUCUUAUUCACGCAGAUGAGAGUGCGCAGAUGAGAUAAAAGUCUAUCCGACCAACUGGCCCGCGCCAACUCGCCCGCGCCAACUCGCCCAUGCAUAAAAUCUCACCAGUGAGCUUAUGACAGAAUUAGUCUCGUUUAUUUAGGUUUGAUGUUUUGUGGAAUUAGAAUAAAAUAAUUGAAGUUUCGACAACGUUUCGUAACUUUAUGCCGUUACAAUACAAACCUAAGCGUUCGACAACCGGCAUACCGUCACAUACGAACACUUAGAUGCUAUGGGCGCCUCCCAACACCUUUCUGACACUUAUUACACUACGCUUUUAUUUUGUUUAUAUGUAACAGUUUCUCGUUGUUGUGUAUGUUGUGUUAUAUUUUAAGCCAAAGAAUCAAAGCGAUUGUUCGGGGAUUUGAUCUCAGCAUCUAAAUAUUCGUAUGUAACGGUGUGCCGGUCCCCAAACACUUCGGUUUGUAAACGACUGAAUAUAUGAAAAUCAUAUGUUUGAACUCUGGAUUAAUAAAUGGAUACGUGAAGGAUCCUCGCAGUAAUAAACACUAGGUGAAAGGAAAUAGAAAAGUAAUUUUAAGCGUGGGCGAAUUGGUCCGUGGGCGACUUGUCUGUAAUUCGAUAAAAGAGUGAGAUAUUUACGUCGCUUGUGAAGAUGUUUGCUUGAUACAGUGCUUUUCAAUCGGGUGUUGUAAAACCAAAACCAAAGCAAUCACAGCAGCCAGUCAUAGCGAGGAAAAUAUCACUAGCAGCCAAUGAGGACUCUGAGUAAAAAUAAACAAACCGCCUGGAACGCGGGAAA